AUUUCAAUGAAUUUCAUAAAAGAAAAAAAUCCACUUGAGCUGGAAACAUUAUAACAUGAUGCUUUAAGAGGAUGCAGAGGAAGGGGGAAAAUUAGAAAGAAAACGAAUGAAUGACAACAAAAGAAAAAGAAAAAACAAAAAAAAAAGUCAAGACACUAGCAAAAAAAUUCAAAGAUAAAAACAAAGAAAAAGAACUGGCAGCCACUCAUGGACUGACACGUAUAAAGAGCAGCAUCGAACAGGAAGUUUCUGGACGAGACGUAACGUAGCUUCUCGUUCUUUCCUCUAUCCUUCUUCUUAUUUUCUAAUGUUUCACUUGGCCUACGUUUUUCUCGCUUUCCUCUGCCAUCUUCUAUUUUCUCAUUCUCCCUUAUCUGUUUCCUCAACCCAUAAAAACUGAACCUUCUAGAAUUAACAAUCAGAUCCAAAGAAAACGAACGAACAAACCAGCAAAGUUUUCGUUAUUGAUUUUCAAAGCCUUCCACCUUCGUCGAGGAAAAGUUUUUGUUUCGUUGAUGGCUCAGCCGCCAGUGGAGCAAAACGGAGAGGCGACAACGGGUGCGUCAGAAUCGCAGAGGUCUGUUCCCACACCGUUUUUGACUAAAACUUAUCAAUUGGUAGAUGAUCACAGAAUUGACGACGUGAUUUCAUGGAAUGACGACGGAUCUACUUUCAUCGUCUGGAACACCACGGUUUUCGCUCGUGAUUUGCUUCCUAAAUAUUUCAAACAUAACAACUUCUCUAGUUUCGUUCGUCAACUCAAUACUUAUGGAUUCAGAAAAGUGGUACCUGAUCGAUGGGAAUUCUCUAACGAUUUUUUCCUACGCGGUGAAAAGAGGCUUUUAUGCGAAAUCCAGCGUCGGAAGAUCUCGUCGCCAACUGCGGCGACUAUUACUGUGGCACCGGUGACAGCGACGGCUAUUCCAUUAGCUGCACCUAUUAUAACGACGUCGAAUUCUGGAGACGAGCAAUCUCCGGUCAUUUCAUCUACCUCAUCGCCUUCCAGACAGGGCCAAACGGGAACCGUUACGGCCGAGCUCAUGGAAGAAAACGAGAAAUUGAGGAAAGAGAACUUGCAGCUUAACAAACAAUUAGCGGAGAUGAAGAGCUUGUGGAAUAAUAUAUUCAGCUUGAUGUCAAAUUACGCGAGUUCUCAGUCGGAGAGCAAUUUCCCGGCGACGAAACCGUUGGACUUGUUGCCAGUCAAGCGGUUAUUAGGCGAAGGAGAAGAUGCGGUUGAGGAAGAGAUGAGUCCGAGGUUAUUCGGUGUACCAAUUGGAGGAGGGGUGAAGCGCCUGAGGGAAGAAGGGGAAGGUGUAGCCGUUGAGGAUGGGACGCAGUUACAGCUGCAGCAGCCUGGUUGGAGUGGUAAUGAGAUGAUCAAAGCGGAGCCGUUGGAUUGCCAGAACGUGGGGCGCAACGAUGAUCGUGGCAAUCAAGACACGCCGUGGCUUCGGCACUUGCACCGGGCGAAUCAGAGGGUUUGUAACUGAUUCGGUUCGGUUUUUUAGGCAGUUUUUGGUUGGCUUUGGGUGGAUGAUGAGGGAUGGGACUGGAAUGUUCCCGUGCGAAGGAAAGGCACGUGCCGAAGGGGUCACGUGCUUUGUGAAACCUUUGAGAAGGGAGGACCACAUUUCAAGAAUUUUCUUCGCACGUUAUUUCUUUUCUUUUGUAUUUUUCAAGGGGCAAAAAACAAGAAGAAAAGGAACUCUUAAUAUUUUAUUUGUCUAUAUGUCUAUCUAUAGAAUGAAAAUCUAACCAUUUUCUACUGCCGAUGAGAAUGGAAUAUCCACGAGAGUAAAGAAAAUAAUCAAAACGUGUUGGGCGGAAAUUAAAUGUUGCUUUUAACUUUGGGUAAUUAAUAAGAAAAUUUAAUCAUGUCAAAGCCAUGUGCGUUUGUGAGAC